ACAAAAAUAAAUUAGCAAAAUUCAUGCAAGAAAUUGGGCAUAUUACAAAUAUUGAUGUUUUAGUUAAAUUACUUUCUAACCAUUCUAGAUGUAAAACUGCUACUCAGUGUUUACAAGACAAUGAUAUUCUUAAACAAGCAAUUAUAGAACAUAUAGAUUAUAAAAGUAUUCAAAAAAUUAGUACAUAUAAACAAGUUAACAAAGAUCAGCAACUUUAUAUAUUAAAUACUUUAAUAAAUCUUACAAAAGGUUCAUCUAAUAAUAAUUUGGAAUCUCAGGUUUCUUUUUAA